UCUCAACCUUGAAUUUAAGAUAUUUCUGAAGCUGGACACAGUGGCACCUUCCUGGGAGGCUGAGGCAGGAGCAUCGCUUGACCCCAGGACUUGGAGGCUAGCUUGGACAACAUUAGGAGACCCUGUUGCUUAAAAAAGUUAAAACAAAUGAGAAUCCAUUAUUCUCUUUCUUCCCCCAGCGGCUGAUGAAGAGAUGACCCUUCCGUCCUGAGAUCCUGUCACAUAGGACAGCAUGCACCUGAGGAUCCUGAAGAAAAGGCACAAAAUGUCCGAGUGAUGUUCAGAAGUCGUCUGUGUGGCUGUGUCCGGGAACCAUGCAGCCCUCGGGACACCGGCUCCGGGACAUCGAGCACCAUCCCCUCCUGACUGAAAACGACAACUAUGACUCUGCCUCCUCUUCCUCCUCUGAGCCUGAAGCGGCAGACAAGGUGUGGUUCAUCCGGGACGGCUGCGGCAUGGUGUGCGCCAUCAUGACGUGGCUCCUGGUCGUCUACGCAGACUUCGUGGUGACAUUUGUCAUGCUGCUGCCUUCCAAAGACUUCUGGUACUCCGUGGCGAACGGGGUCGUCUUCAACUGCCUGCUGGUGCUGGCGCUCUCGUCACACCUGAGGACCAUGCUCACCGACCCUGGGGCGGUCCCCAAGGGGAACGCGACAAAGGAGUACAUGGAGAGCCUGCAGCUGAAGCCUGGCGAGGUGAUCUACAAGUGCCCCAAGUGCUGCUGCAUCAAGCCCGAGCGCGCCCACCACUGCAGUAUUUGCAAAAGAUGCAUUCGGAAAAUGGAUCACCACUGCCCGUGGGUGAACAAUUGUGUGGGAGAAAAGAAUCAGAGGUUUUUUGUACUCUUCACUAUGUACAUCGCCCUGUCUUCAGUGCACGCGCUCGUCCUCUGCGGCCUGCAGUUCAUCUCCUGCGUCCGGGGACAGUGGACUGAGUGCAGCGACUUCUCGCCUCCCGUAACUGUAAUCCUGUUGGUCUUCCUGUGCCUUGAGGGUCUGCUAUUCUUCACUUUCACCGCAGUGAUGUUUGGCUCCCAGAUCCACUCAAUAUGCAGCGACGAGACGGAGAUCGAGCGGCUGAAAAGCGAGAAGCCCACGUGGGAGCGGAGGCUGCGCUGGGAAGGGAUGAAGUCCGUCUUUGGGGGUCCCCCCUCACUCCUGUGGAUGAACCCCUUCGUCGGCUUCCGGUUCCAGCGACUGCAGGCGCGGCCCAGGAAAGGCAGCCCAGAGUUCUCCGUGUGAGCUGCCCGAGACUCCACCAGCUGGGUCUGCGGGGCCUGUGACCAGGAGGGUGGCAGCUGCGUGGAUGUGGGGCACAGGGUACGGCCAGAGCGGAGGCUGGGCGCCUCCUUCCUGCAUCCCGGGGCUGGGCAGGACACUCCAGCUGGGCCCGAGUCUGUGUGGCCACAAGUGUCCACGUGGCAGCGUCUCCUGAGCGCCCUGCCCUGCGUCACUGGCACCCCCCGCCGGAGGGGCGUCUCCAUGGAGACUGCAGCCUGAGCUCAGGCUUCCGAGCACUCCGAGGCAGCCUCCUCCCAGUGAGCUGUGCGUGCCCAUGUGUGUCUGUGUGUGCAGUGUGCAUGUGUCCACGUUGGCAGUGUCAUUUCCUCAGUGUCACGUUUAUUGGCUGUGUACAGCAGACAAGCUACUUCCAGAAGUCGACAUUUCAGGGAAGAGGGGCGAGCAUACGAGUCCCCUGCGGUGUCUAUGAAUGUAUUCCAGACUGGAGAGAAUCUCGAUCCAAAGAACAGUCACCCUUUGUGGCCCUCGGUGCCCACCCUGCUUCCCUGCAGAUCCAGUCUGAAGGCCUGGAGCUGAAUCGUGCUUCCAGGCAAAGCAGCCGUGUGAGGCUGGCCCUGGGAGGCGGGUGCUGGGUGGGUGGGCAGAAGCAGCGCCCAGUGAGGACGGGUGCCGGGCGGCCCUUGGCCCUCGGCCCUCGGUCUGGCUAGGCAGGCACAGGCCUGGUGAUGGCCAGGAGGGCACAGAGGGGUUGCUUCCAUUUUUAUAUUUGUUCUCUGUCUGGGCACAGGUGAUCGGGUUGGACCCUUGGUGUAAGCUUGACGUUACACCAGGAGGCAGAUGGCCCCUCCGGGGACUUGCCUGCAUUGCUGGUGCCCACACUUCAGGCUGGGCAGCGGGGCUCGGGGGUCUGUCCCCUGCCCUUGUCGGGACCUCUGCCGAGUCCCCGGAGGGACAGGCGUGGCGGGUGGGCGUCCAGGACAGCGGGCGGAGCCUGUUUUGCACAUGCAUUUGCACAUGUGUGUCUCGGGGACAAGCGUGCUGGGCUUCAGCGUGAGGUAUCUGGUACCCGGUUCAACAGUCACUAACUGUCCGGUGACGAGACAGACUUGCAGGUGCAUGCAGAAGCACACCUGCCUUCCCCCCUCUCCGCCAGUGUAACUUUUAUAUGAAAUAAAGUAGCCCAGCAGCCGUUCUCAGACCACUUCCGGGUAGCACAGUUCUUGCUGGGUAGUAGUGGGUGGCCUCAGUUUACCCAGGGGGGGCUGGGCUUGCACACCUGCCCCCUGCUCUCCAAUCCCUGUGACCUUUGUGCCCCUGACCAUUGUCGGGGCAUCCGUGUCCCCUGCCAUUCUUCACCUUGACCUUUCAGAUCCCCAGCCGGUCUCCUCAGCAGUCCUCUAGUCAGUUUUUAGUGCACAUUUUAAUAAACUACUGAAAGUCUGCAGUCCAGAA